UAUAUCUAACUCUGUUGCAUAUAUACUUGCAUGCAAACACUACACACACAUAUAUACAUACAGACACACACACACAAAUAGAUCUCAGCCGUUCAUUUUAUCACAUGGAAACCCUGGUAGCAAUAUAUUCACUUCUUUUCCUGUACACUGUCGUUUACAUCCUCCGAUCUUAUCUUCGCCGGAGACACCAAUGUUGUUACAUGUUGAACUACGAGUGCUACAAGCCGACGGACGUCGCCCGGCGCCUGAGCACCGACAAGUCGGCGUUGGUGGUGUACCGGAACCGGAACCUGGGGAUCGACGAGUUCCGGUUCCUGCUGCAGACGAUGGUGAACUCCGGCGUCGGCGAGCAGACAUAUAUUCCGAUUAACGUUCUGGAAGGGCGGGAGGAUUCUCCGACGCUGGAGGACUCGUUCACGGAGGUGGAUGACAUCAUGUUUCAGACGCUCGACAAUCUGUUCGCGAAGUCUAAGGUUUCGCCGCGGGAGAUUGAUGUUCUGGUGGUGAAUGUGUCGCUGCUGGCGUCGGCGCCGUCGCUCACCUCCCGCGUCGUUAACCGGUACAAGAUGAGGGAGGACGUGAAGACGUUUAACCUCUCCGGCAUGGGUUGCAGCGCCAGCGUCGUCGCCAUUGAUAUCGUCCACCACCUUUUCAAGGUCUACAAGAACUCCUACGCUAUUGUUGUCAGCACGGAAUCGCUAGGGGCAAAUUGGUACAGCGGCAAGGAGAGAUCCAUGAUGCUUUCCAACUGCCUUUUCCGCUCCGGCGGCUGCUCCAUGCUCUUCACCAACAACCCCGCUCUCAAACCCCGAGCCAUCCUCAAACUCAAACACAUGGUGCGCACCCACAUCGCCGCCAUUGACGAGGCCUACGAGUGCUGCAAGCAGGUGGAGGACCCUCAGGGCUUCCGCGGCUUCCACCUCUCCAAGCGCCUCCCCAAAGUCGCCACCAAAGCCCUCGUCACCAACUUCAAGGUCCUCGUCCCCAAAGCCAUCCCCCUCUGGGAGACCCUCCGCUUCCUCGCCGUCUCCUCCUUGGAGCGCCGCAAGUUCAAGCUCCCCUCCCUCCUCGGCAAGCCCAUUUUGAACAUGAAAACCGGGAUCGAACACUUCUGCCUCCACCCCGGCGGCCGCGCCGUGAUCGACGGCGUCGGAGUCAGCCUGGGUCUCAGCGAGUACGACCUGGAGCCGGCCAGAAUGUCGCUGCACCGGUGGGGGAAUACGUCGGCGGGGGGGCUAUGGUACGUUCUGGGCUACAUGGAGGCCAAGAAAAGGUUGAAGAAAGGUGACAGAAUACUGAUGUUGAGCCUGGGCGCGGGGUUUAAAUGCAAUAACUGCGUUUGGGAGGUGAUGAAAGACUUGGGAGAUCCAAACGUCUGGGAAGAUUGCAUUGAUCGUUACCCUCCCGAAACAUUGGUCAAUCCUUUUACGGAGAAAUUUGAUUGGAUUCAUGAUCCUUGUCUCAAUUUUCUUCGAUCAAUUUCGUAACUAGAUUCAUGCAUGCAUGCAUGUUUCUUUGUUGCCGCAUCAAAGUGCAGUGGAAUUAAUAAUUGUUUUAUCACAAGGUUAUAUACAUACUGAGAUAUAUCCCAUUUCAUUGAAUAUCAAGCAAAACGUGAUAACUUGUACUUAAUUAGCUUUUAAUUUAUCUACUUUCACCUUUCAAAUGUGAUACUUCUUGUACUUUUAGUGUUGCAACCAAAAGUGUAAAAAUAAAGAUUAUUAGUGUGCUUUUUAUUGUA